CUCCGGAUUUUGGGUGUAUGUAACCCCCCCUUUGAGCAGUUUCUCAUGGGCCUUUGUCAUCGUCGGCCCACAUUUCUUCAUGGACCGGAAACCACAACCCAAGAAUUUACUAAGACUAUCAAGAGGCCCAUCUAAGAUCAAAUCCCAGCCGUCAGAUCUAGGUUUUUAACCCAUUCCACCUCCACCUACAAAUUCACCCCCACCACCCAUUUCCCCCAUCACUGCAACCAGGGUUUAUCUCUCUCUCCUCCGCUCUCUCUCCUCGCCCAACCCCGUCUCUGUUCCCGGAGGUUAAAGCGACAGCCCGCCCCAGCUGUCCACCUUGACCGAAGCCCUCCAGCUUCGUCUUGGUCCUCAACUCCUCUCCACCACCACCUCCUCGUCAGUACAUACGCACUCGUACAUAAUCGUUGUUGUAUCGUAUAUAAAUAAUCGUCAUCAAUGGCCGUGAAGACAUCCAAGGCGGACAAGAAGAUCGCGUACGACAAGAAGCUGUGCCAGCUGCUCGACGAGUACACGCAGAUCCUCAUCGUGGCGGCGGACAACGUGGGGUCCAACCAGCUGCAGAACAUACGCAAGGGGCUGAGGGGUGAUUCCGUGAUUCUCAUGGGGAAGAACACCAUGAUGAAGAGGUCUGUUAGGAUCCAUGCCGAGAAGACCGGUAACACGGCCGUCCUCAAUCUGAUCCCCCUCCUCGUGGGUAAUGUGGGUUUGAUUUUCACCAAGGGUGAUCUGAAGGAGGUGAGCGAAGAGGUGGCUAAGUACAAGGUUGGUGCACCUGCUCGUGUUGGUUUGGUUGCUCCGUGUGAUGUCGUUGUUCCCCCUGGCAACACUGGCCUCGACCCUUCUCAGACCUCUUUCUUCCAGGUGCUCAACAUUCCCACCAAAAUUAACAAGGGUACAGUUGAAAUUAUCACCCCUGUCGAGCUUAUCAAGAAGGGUGACAAAGUGGGAUCUUCUGAAGCUGCCCUGCUUGCAAAACUUGGCAUCCGACCCUUCUCUUAUGGUCUUAUAGUCCAGACUGUUUAUGACAAUGGAUCAGUCUUCAGCCCUGAGGUUCUUGAUCUAACUGAAGACGAUCUCAUUGGGAAGUUUGCGAGCGGAGUUUCCUUGGUCACCUCUCUGUCACUGGCGAUUUCUUACCCAACCCUUGCUGCUGCACCCCACAUGUUUAUUAAUGGGUACAAGAAUGUGCUGGCUGUUUCGCUUGAAACUUCUUAUUCUUUUCCUCAGGCAGAGAAAGUGAAGGAAUACCUCGCGGAUCCCAGCAAGUUCGCUGUUGCCGUAGACCCGGUUGAAGCUGUUGCUUCUGGUGGUGCCCCUGCUGCUGCUGCCGCCAAGGAGGAAGAGAAGAAGGACGAACCUGCUGAGGAGUCCGAUGAUGAUAUGGGUUUCAGCCUUUUUGACUAAGUUAAGUAAGAUUGGUAUGGUGUGUUUUGAGACCUCUACGUCUGUUUCUUGACUUUGCCUGUGUUGUUGUGUUUCAUUAGAUUAAAAGUAAUCAGGAUUUCUUAGUUUAAGAUGACUCUGUAUGUUACUUUAAUAUCCUAUCUAUUUGAUUUUGCCUGUGUCGA